AUGUCGAGCCAGCCGUCCCAUCCCGCUCUGCUCAUCCCGGGCCCCAUUGAAUUCGAUGACCAGGUCCUGCAGUCGAUGAGCCAUUACAGCGAGUCGCACGUAGGCGCACCCUUUGUCAAGACGUUCGGCGAGACCUUGACCAUGCUCCGCAAGCUGUUCCAGACCGAGGACCCCGCCUCGCAGCCCUUCGUCAUCUCUGGCUCUGGUACCCUCGGAUGGGAUCAGGUCGCUGCCAACUUGGCCGAACCCGGAGAUGAUGUCCUCGUCCUCCACACCGGCUACUUUGCCGACAGCUUCGCUGAUUGCUUCGAGACAUACGGUGUCAAGGCCACUCAGCUCAAGGCACCCAUUGGCGACCGUCCUCAAUUGGACGAAGUCGAGAAGGCCCUCAAAGAGAAGAAGUACAAGCUCUUGACUGUCACCCACGUCGACACAUCGACUGGUGUUCUCAGCGAGAUCGAAGCUCUCAGCAAGCUUGUCCACAAGGUCAGCCCCGAUACGCUGGUCGUUGUCGAUGGUGUCUGCAGUGUCGGCUGUGAGGAGAUUCAGUUCGACAAGUGGGGAAUUGACUGUGUUAUUACUGCCUCUCAGAAGGCCAUUGGAUGUCCAGCUGGUCUGAGCAUUGUCAUGGCUUCUGGCCGUGCCAUCAAGUCUUUCCAGAGCCGCAAGGUUCCCCCUACCUCAUACUUUGGUUCAUGGAAGAACUGGAUGCCGAUCAUGCAAAACUACGAGGCUGGCAAACCCUCAUACUUUGCCACUCCUUCGCCCCAGCUUGUCCACGCUCUGCACACUACUCUUACUCAAAUCACUUCCAUCCCAUUGGCCGACCGCUUCGCCGCUCACCGCAAGGCUUCGCAAAAGGUCAAGAAGGCUGUUGCUGACCUCGGUCUUACACAGCUGGCUGAGAAGCCCGAGAACCAGGCCAAUGGUAUGACUGCCAUCUACCUUCCCAAGGGCAUGACACCUCCCGACGUGUUGCCCAAGCUCAUGCAGCGUGGUGUUGUAUUCGCUGGUGGUCUGCACAAGCAGAUUGCUACCCAGUACAUCCGUUUCGGCCACAUGGGAGUCAGUGUCACUGACCCCAACCGUGAUGACAUUGACCGUGCCAUUGUCGCGCUGAAGGAGGGCAUCACUGAGGCUCAGCAGGCCAUGGAUGCAUCGGCUAGAUAG